AUGAUAACUCCUGAGCCACUACCCAAGGAAUUUGAAAACACCUUUGAAAAAGAAAGUAAACUAACGAAAAAAUCAAAAGAACAAGAUUUCCAAGUGAAAUAUAAAACUGAGAUGUGUAAAAACUGGAUAAAUGGCCACUGUCAAUUCGGUGACAACUGUGCUUUCGCUCAUGGCAAAGAAGAAUUACGUGAAAAAACCUUGUCUAAAAAAGAGUGCACACACUUUGCAGAAGGUUUUUGCGUUUACGGAGAUAGGUGUCUUUUUAAGCAUAUUGUCAGCUCAAAACGAAGGCUGCCUGUUUUUAUAAAUAUAUCAAUGAAAGGACAGAUGGAGAGACUAGAGUAUGUCAUCUAUAUUAAAUGGCAUUUUUUUCAUAUUCUAACUAUAUUUUUUUAGCCUAUAUAGAUUUAGCUUUCAAAAAUUAAAGCUGCGAUAGAAAAAUAAUGCAAAAAGUAUAG